GUCGACUAUCAAAAUAAUCGUUUGUGGCAGCCCUAUUGUGAACUAUAUAAAUACAAUUUGAACUGCAUUGAAUUAAAUAGUACAGUGAUUAACACUGUUGCCUUGCAGCAGCAAGAAGGUUCCUGGCUCAAAUGCUGGCUGAGGCCUUUCUUUGUGAGAUUAGCAUGUUUUCCCUGUGUUUCCUUUAUGUGCACAGAUUUCCUCCAAAGCCAAGCAUGUUAGAGUAAGUAGUGAUUCUAAAUUGAUAGUAGAUGUGAGGUAGAUGAAGCAGAAUAAAGCAUUAUAGUUAAUCGUGAUUUGCAGCUUAAAGCUACUUUGAGUAGUCUGUUAGACUGGGAAAGUGUAAAUAUAAAUAUAAAGACAUUACAGUUGCCUGUCGAGAUAUUAGCUAUAGAGUUGUCUGCCUGGGCUUGAAUAUAAAAGAACCAAAUAGCUUUUUCCUUGCAGUACCCAAAGUGCCUACAUAAAGGUGCAUUGAUUGAAAUAUCGAUAGUGUCAAUACCAACACUGGUAUUAGUAUUGGAUCCAUACUAGUAUCGAUCCUAUCUUCUUUUUUGGGGAAUGAAAAAACACCUCAAACAUUCGUUACGAAAAAUGCCUGAACCCGUUUUUGCUAAAUCAAGCCUUUUUUAUUUAUAUAACACAUUUAAAAACAGUUGACCUAAAGUGCUUUAAAGAUGGGCACAUUCACAUUCCAGGUCUCCAUUUUUAAAAUACAUGAAAAUCUGAAAGGUCUGUUGUGUUGUAUUAACUAAAGUGGAAAGUAAAAAACACAGUGAUUUAAUGUCCUUAAUGUUCAGAAUUUGGAAAUUGAUGAGGAUUCCUCUCAUAAGUCACGACACACUGCUCUCACCUACGUAAGCUGCCUUUAUAAGUUAAAAAUAUUAUUGGCGUCAGCAACACUGAUGCUGUAUUUACCUGGUAUUUGGAUUGAUACCAAAAUUUACAGUAUUACACAGCACUAAUAAUAUUGUGUGUGUGUAUACGUACCCAGGUUAGCCAAACCUAAAUAAAUAAAUUUUUCCCAGCCAUGCAGUCAUUUGUGCAUCUCAUCUGAGGAGGGCACCAUAAAUGUUUACAUGCUGUCACACUAUCACCACCACCAGCCCUGCAGUCUUUCUGCACAGUGAUAGUGAUACUUUGCAGAAAGAAAAUAGUUUCUUUUGUGUGUUUGCAUAGUUUUUUGUUUUGAGUAACUUUGAUUUCUGGAAAAAGAGAUUUUCUAAGUAUGUUUUUAUACUACAUUUAUACAUGAGAAAAAUUACACAAAAACAAUCGAGGAUAGUAGAAAGCACUGCAGGCCAGAGGAAGACAUGCAUAUCAGGGGUGUGAGGUAAGCAUGUUUUGUUAGUUGGAAUGCUGAAACAUCGUGCUGCCAGUUUUGUACUUCAGCUGCACCACCAAUGAUGUCACUGAAAAUGUGAUUCAUUCAGAUGCUACAAUAUACUCUCACGGCUGUAAUGUGGAUUAUUCAUCUUCUCUGAUUUGAUAAUUGCGUUCUAAAGCACACUGUAGGGCAAAUUUGUUUUCAACAGGAACGAGCACAUCGCCCACGGACCCCCCCCCCCCCCAAUAAUAACCACUGCCGUCUCAUCACAUUCAACAAGUGAAUUGAUAAGCCAGGUCCUCUCUUGAACACAGGCGGCUCCAGUGCUGACGCUCUUUUUUGUGUCAUUGUAAACAAAGUAUUUCCAUUAGAAAAGAAGAACAAAGCGUGGUAGGCUAAUUAUGUUUGCGUUGCCCGGCAACUCCUCCGUAGCUUCCCUUUCACUAUAAAAUAAGGGUGGAGGCUUUGUUUGUCGGCAAUCGUUGGGGGGAAAGAGGUUUUCUAAACCUGCUCCAACUAAUAGAAAGAUGAGUUUUUGUAAAUAAAUUCUAAUAAACUUAUUGGACAAUAAUCUUCUAAUAAACAUGCUAAAAGGUUCUGGGAAGUCUAACGGGAAAACAGGCACCAAGAUCCUCCUGGAUGCGAUCUCCAAGGAUAAAGUCCACCUGGCCCGGUUUGUUCUGGACGCGCUGGAUGGGGAAAUCGUGGACUCCAAAACGGAGGGUGCACAGACUCCUCUCAUCUCCUCUGUCUUGCUGCCCGAUGCCCAGGCUCGGUGUAAGUUUGCAGAGCUCCUGCUGCAUAGAGGCGCCAGCGUCAACUGCCGGGACGGAAACGGGCGCACAGCGCUCAGUCACGCCUGUGAGCAGGGACACCUGGACGCGGUGAAGAUCCUGGUCCGAAACAGCGCGGACCCGGAGAUUGUGGACUCGUGGGGAAACACUGCGCUCAUGUACGCCGCGGUGGCAGGUCACGCGCACGUUGUCGAGUUUUUGGUGAGAGCUUUCAAGAGGCUGGGUCUUCAGAUAGACCGACAAAACAAAGUUGGCAACUCUGCUAUUGGAGUGGCAAAGUUUCUUGGUCACACUGAAUGCAUCUGCGCUCUCACCAACAGUUCUAAAAAGGGCCGCGAGGACGGAGGCGCUCGUGGAAAUGCGCAGCUGCGACCCGGUGAGCUGGAGAGGAAGGUUGGACAUUUGGCAGACAGACUGGAGGUCCUCCGAGCGUGUAAUCAUGCUCAUUGCCUAUUGGCUCCAAACUGCACCCGGCAGCCAAUCCCGCGGAUAAAGCGGACUGGGUUGCCAUCCAUGAACUCGAUAGAGGAGUUUGAAACGGAGAACGAUGGCGCCUCCUCACCUCCACCUGAUCUGGUCCUCUCUGAAGUCUCGACCCCUGCACCCCGUCCUUGUAUUUCUCCCAACCUUAAGCAUCCGAAAACCGAGGGAAGGUCGACCACCUCAGAUGACCCCCUCCCCCCUCUAACGAUGGGCUGUGAGGCUCAAAGAUUCACACUGUUCUCGCCUCGGCCCAACAGAAACAGCCACAGACCCAGCGCGCCCUCCGCUCUGGGCAUUUUAAUGACUCCCAUUCUUGCCAACAAAAGUGAGAAUGAGUUGGCAACAGAACGAACCAAAAUGUUAGACUUCGGUCUACACAGAUUUCCCGACAGCUAUUAUAAGAAAAGGUGCAGCCUGCCAACCAGCAUGCUCAGCCCCGCACCUCCUGAGCGCACUCUGGUCCCUUUGCGUAAAUCUAGAACCGUGAGGAGACGCGAAAGGUCUCCCGGCAAGGCUGAACCUCUCCAGGCACCGACUGCCUCCUCUGCAGCCGCGACUUUCCCUGUAUUAAGCAACAAAAUGUUGCGCCGCUUUACUUCCCCGGAGUUUGAAAAGGAUGUGAAAGAGCUGGAAGAGGAUCCGACGGCGUUUUCAGUGCGGAUUCCGCGAUCAGAAACUUUUCCACAGGCUGUUAAAAAACAUCCCCAGGUCGACAGCAAAGCCAGCAUCGACAGCAUCAGCUCCGUCAAGUGCGAGUUUGACUUUCAUCUGAGAAAAACAAACGCUUAAAAAGCGUGUUUGCCCGCGUUACUCUAAGAACGGAUUCCCACAAAGAUUGUUUAGACAUGACUUUCAAAACUCCGGUAAUUUCCGUGAAAGUUACCAGAACGCGUUCAUCUUUGUUCUACUCCGUUUGGAGUGGAGACAAAAAAAUCCAUGCUACUAAAGUUUUACAUUUACACCCAUAGUUAAAGAUCCGAUGUCAGUACAAAUGAAUUGAACUGUUUGCGUAGCACCUCGCAGCAUUACGACUGUGCAUGCUGUAGUGUCAGUAUAUGGUUGGAACUGUGUCCGGUGUUAUUUGCCACUCCCUUUGGAGUAGGUGGAGUGUUCAUCAAAGGUGAAGAGGUGAUGUGCCAUACAGAAUAUGUAUUAUUUAUGUAUAGCAUAAGCUUGUUGUGCUAUGAGAUUUUUCUGUAUCUUCCAGUCCACUUUAACAUCAAAUAAAGUUGAACCUGGUGUGUGU